CUGGCUCAUUCACUCGUGUGCCGUCCAGAGCAGAGUAUUGAGCGGAGCCCGAACAGACCACACAAACCAGCGCCAACUCUGCCUCAACUGGAACCGACGCGUGCCGCCUCGACGAGGAUCCACUGUUCCACGGGUGGGUUCGUGUCCGGCCUGCCUCAACCCCGAUGCGUCUGCUGGAGACGGCUGCCCUCCUCCCCGCCCUCUUGUGGUCCUCGCUGGCCGCCAUGAGACCCGGUCGGACUUGACUCCUGGUCUGAACUCUGGUCUGACGCCCGCUGUCUGUGCCCCUGCCUCUCUCCCGUACUGUAGCUGGAUAGGUGCCAUCCCUUCAGGCCCACAUUUGCUCCAGGCGUCGUCCUCGUCCUCCUAUCGCGAUCCUAAAAAGAGGCUCGCUUCCGUCACAUCCAGGUUUGGCUGAUUGACAGGUCCCGCUCCGCGACCUGGUCUCUGUCCUCCGGACGGCUCUUUUUCUGGAAAUGGCCACCAUGGGAUCAGACGUGCGUGACCUCAACACCCUGCUGCCUCCUCCGCCUCCCCCCAUGCCCGCUCUGUCCUCGGCCAACGGGGCCACCUGCGCCCCCUUGCCGGUCAGCAGCGCCCCUCAGUGGGCCCCGGUGCUGGACUUCCACCCGGCGGCCGGAGGCCCCUACAGCUCGCUGCCCUCGCACUCCUUCAUCAAGGAGGAGCCCAGCUGGAGCGCGGCGGCCGACCCGCACGAGGACCCCUACUGCGGGAUCAGCGCCUUCACCGUGCACUUCUCCGGACAGUUCACCGGCACCGGGGCCUGCCGCUACGGAGCCUUCGGGGCCCCGCCGCCGCCCGCCCAGCCAACCGCCACUCAGCCCAGGAUGUUCAGCAACACGCCCUACCUGUCCAACUGCAUGGAUGCCCAGCCUGCCUCCAGGAAUCAAGGGCUGAUUGAGAUGACUGUUCCCCACACAGGUUACGCGUUCGAUGGAGGAACCAACUACGGACACACUCCGACACACCACCCAUCACAGUUUGCCAACCACACCUUCAAGCACGAGGACUCUAUUCCGCAGCCAACCAACAUGGUUGAACAGCAGUAUCCAGUUCCUCCCCCAGUGUAUGGUUGUCACACGCCUUCGGACAGUUGUGGGGGCAGUCAAGCACUGCUCUUGAGGAACCCUUACAACAGCAGCGAUAAUUUAUACCAAAUGGCAUCUCAGCUGGAAUGCAUGGGAUGGAACCCUGUUAACACGCUGGCUUCUACCAUUAAGAGCCACGCGACGGGUUACGAGAGCGACCCGAACACGUCCCCAUUGGUGUACAGCUGCAGCACGCAGUACCGCUUCCACACGCACGGCGUCUUCCGAGGCCUCCAGGAUGUCCGCAGAGUGCCUGGCAUCACCCCGGCCAUUGUGCGCUCGUCGGAGACCAACGAAAAGAGGCCGUUCAUGUGUGCCUACCCCGGCUGUAACAAGCGCUACUUCAAACUCUCCCACCUGCAGAUGCACAGCCGCAAGCACACAGGCGAGAAACCCUACCAGUGUGACUUCACAGACUGCGGGAGGAGGUUUUCCAGGUCGGACCAGCUGAAGAGACACCAGCGAAGGCACACAGGGGUUAAACCGUUCCAGUGCGAGACGUGUCAGAGAAAGUUUUCACGGUCUGACCAUCUUAAGACCCACACCCGGACUCAUACAGGUAAAACAAGUGAGAAACCUUUCAACUGUAGGUGGCCCAAUUGCCAGAAGAAGUUUGCCCGGUCUGACGAGCUGGUGCGGCACCACAAUAUGCAUCAGAGGAACCUGACCAAGCUGCAGCUGGCCAUCUGAGGCUCGCCUCUGAGCUUGCUGCAGGCUCCAGCCGAGCUGCCCACUGACCUGGCAAGGCAGGGCCUCUAUCUCCACAGGACCAAAGCAGGAGAGUCAGCCAGCAGCCCCUCACCUGCAUGUACAGCGCCCCCUACUGGAGCUCAUGAGCAAGCUCAGCAGCUUCUAGCACUAUAGCGUCAGACAAGAGGGCGGCCAUUUUGAAAAUGAGGAAACUCCAUUGGCAUCUUUGAGUUGUUGUUACUCUUUUGAUGUGAAUUUUCAUUUUCAGUGUAAUUUAUUAUUUUUUAUCAACAAAAGUUUUUAGAAGGAAUCUCUCGCUUUAUUUUAGUUGUCAGGCGUGUUAUUUUUCAAGGCUCCAUUUGUUGUCAUUCUGAUUUGAAAGGUUCACAGUACAGCUCUUAUUCGUGUUAGAACCAUAAGACUCUCUUCACUGAAGCUCUUCUCUGGUGUUUGUAAAUAUGCUCUGAUAUUAAAUUAUGAUUUGGUCGCACUGGCUUUGUGAUCCAAUGGCUGUGAUAUCUGAAGUUGUAUAUAAUAGUGAUGUUUCACAGUUUAAGGGGAAAACAGACAUGUGAUUAUUGGAAAUGUGAUUUUAAUACUUGUAAAAAGUAUUAUGAAGGGUCCAGGAAAUACCUUAAAAGGUAUAUUUCAUAACUGUAUAAUUUAAGCAUACUUGUUAUUAUGGUCAUUCAUAUUUUGUCUUUGGGAAGCACAUUUAAAUCAGUGCUGCCAUUUUUUAUUAUUACAACAUUCCUAUUUUUGCUUUUGAGAUAUAUGACAACCGUGUUAUUGGUUUUCCUCCACUGAGCUUUGAAUUAAAGACUUGUUGAA